AGGAGACAAGACUGUGAUGCGGGGGAGAAGGAGGAGGGGGGCCGCACCAGCAGGCAGCAGCAGCUCAGAUUUGCAGGUCACCAGCACCGAGUGGUAUCGCUCUUUUAAUGUGACUAACCAUCGUACUGAUGCCUAUGACAGUACUGACAUAAUCCUCAGGAGGGGGAACGCCUUCACUAUCACUGUUUCCUUCAGUCGACCUCUGCAGCCUGGAGAGAACUUCAUACUCACUGCUGAAACUGGAAUGAAGGACAGUUCAUCCAUAAUAGCUUCCACCCCGACUGUUAAUCUCAUGGGUCCAUCGCCAUCAGAGACAUCCAAAACAAAAGCAGUAUUUCCACUGAAUGGGAGUGAAAAUAAGAAUUCAUGGAACUCAGUUUUGACAUCGAACAAUUCUAAUGCUGUUACUAUGACUAUAAACAGCCCUCCAGAUGCUGUCAUUGGAUUAUAUUAUCUGCAUAUCUCUAGCAACACCAACAACACACUGACAAUGUCUCCAAAGCCUAUUGGUAGAUUCUAUCUGCUCUUCAACCCAUGGGCACAAGGUGACGAUGUUUUUCUAGCAGACGAGAGUCAGAGACAAGAAUACGUGCUAAAUGAAAAAGGAGUCAUAUUUAUGGGGUCCGAAAAUGAAAUUGUGCCACUGCCUUGGUGCUACAAUCAGUUUGAAAGAAGCAUACUUGAAAUCUGCUUUGCUAUUUUGGAUCGCAGCAUUAAUUACCAUAAAGACCCAAAUUCAGAUGUCGCCCAGAGGAAUGACCCACUGUAUGUUUGCAGGAUUCUUAUUGCCACGUUAAAUAGUAAAGAUGAAAAUGGCGUGCUUGUGGAAAACUGGAGCGGAUUCUAUGAUGAUGGUACAUCCCCCACUAGCUGGAAUGGAAGCCCCAUUAUCCUAAAAGACUGGUACUACAAGGAAUACAAGCCUGUGAAAUAUGGACAAUGCUGGGUGUAUGGUGGUGUGCUCUGCACAGUGCUUAGGUGUUUGGGAAUUCCAGCCCGGGUAGUCACCAACUUCAACUCAGCCCACGACAAGAAUGCAAAUCUGUUUAUUGAUAUGUUAUAUGACAGCCAUGGAGCUAUCAGUGUAUCCCAGCAGGAUAUGGUGUGGAAUUUCCACGUUUGGAAUGAGGCCUGGAUUGCCCGUAAGGAUCUAGGACCUUCUUAUAAUGGCUGGCAAGCGAUGGAUUCAACACCACUGGAGACUAGUGAUGACAUAUAUCGCUGUGGUCCUGCACCACUUGUGGCUAUAAAGGAAGGCGAUGUUGACCUUAAGUACGAUGUAGGAUUCAUGUUUGCAUCCGUGAAUGCUGACCUGUCACACUGGAUUAACUACAGUGAUGGAACAAAGAAAAUACUUUAUAAUGACACCAAAUACAUUGGCAGAUAUAUUAGCACAAAAGCCGUGGGGACUGAUGACCGAGUGGAUGUCACAGACACAUAUAAAUAUCCAGAAGGUUCAUUGAAAGAAAGAGAAUUAUUUGAGAAGGCCAUCAACAAAUUGUUAGACAGUCCUCUUAUGGAACUUGAGAAAAAAGUACUCCAGUUCCGGAAAAAAAGUGAUCAAAAUCCAAAACACGGAACUAUUCUGUCUGCAGCAUUCACGGUGAUGCAGAUCCCGACUCUCGGCCAGGACUUGAAUAUGAUAUUGAGCUUAAAAAACCUGACAACUAACAACAUUACAGUGACUGUGAAUAUGAUCUCAUCAAGCAUUCUGUACACCGGGAAACACAAACAUGAGAUCUGGGCAGAUACCAAGGCUCUUGUCUUGGGUCCAAAUCAAGAAAUACACACAUCCAUCCCAUUGACAUAUGCUCAGUAUGGUCAGUUUGUGAGUGAGGAUACUAUCAUUCGUAUGACAGCUUUGUGUGAGGUUCAGGGGACAGAAGAACGUAUUUUAGUGGAAAAGGAUAUCAACUUGGGAAAGCCUCCAAUAGUCAUCAAGCUUCCAGAUAAGAUUAUGGUAAACACAGCAUUCAAUGCUGAAGUAGUAAUCACCAACACUUUAUCUGAGGUGCUGAACUCCUGCUCUCUGGUACUUGAAGGAUGUGGUCUAGUUGAUGGAUUCCUAAAUAAAGCCCUGCCACCACUGAAGCCUGGAGAACAAUCUGUCAUCAGUUUUACAAUCACCCCUUUCAAGAUUGGCAAUAGUACAUUGAUCACAACCUUCUCAUGUGACAAGAUAAGGAAUGUUAAACAGUCUCAGAAAGUCUUUGUUGCUGGUGCUCCCUGAUACCAUGGACCUGCUGAGAGAAUGUCUGUCUGUAGUACUACCAGCACUCUCAGGACCUGCCUUAAGCUUGCCACUGCUGAGCCUAAUCCUGGAAAUUUGGAAAGGUUGAUUCUUGACUGGAUUGUACAGUUAUGGCAAUACUGAUUUUGUUCUUGAUUGUCUACAUUGUAAAACCUUCUACCUCUUCAGUGCUGUAGAUGAAACACAUAGUUAUAUUCAUUUGAUAUUUACUACAGUGCAUAUAUAUGUGAUUAAAUAAAUAGCUUGAAUUCAGAUCCAAAAUAGGAAUGUUUUAUAUUGUAACGUGCAUGGGUCACCUGUUAGAAACAGUAUAUGUGACAAUAAACAUAUUUUAAGUAGAAAUGUACAAAAAUACUGUUAUCUGUGGCCAUGGAAUAUCCUACAUAAACACAGUAUGCUGUUUUCAUUAUGAAUAUAAUUAUAUAUUAUGACCUGA